AUGGACAAGCAAUCCAGCGAUCUUUACCUUUUGGCAAAGAUGUGUGAGAAAGCCAAUACCCUUCAUGACCACCACUACUCCCUCAGCGAGAUUCAGGUUGGGCCUGAGACCACCAAGAUACGGGUCGAGCAGGAGAACAGGUCUAGACCCACUCGGGAUCCUCCUGAGCGUAGCCCCAGCCCCGAGCUCUCCAGCUCUGACCGACAUGCCAAGCGAAAACGGAGGAAGCACAAACACAGACGCAGAGACCUCGAGGAGGAGCCUGCACAGAAAAGACCCUGUGUGAGCGCUGCUUUACCAACAGAGCAGCGCUUCAGCCCCGAGCCGUCCCCGCCUGGCCUGCAGACUAAGCGGAGACGUAAGCACCAAAAACACCGGCACAGAGACCCGGAGGAGCGUCCGCGGAAAAGAUCCAGAGAGCGGAGCCCCCAGCUUCCGCACAAAAGAUCCAGAGAGGAGAGCCCCAGCCGUUCCACCUCUGAACUCCAUAAUAAGCAGAGACGGAGGCGACAGAAACGCCGGCAGAAAAGAUUCAGAGAGCGGAGCCCCCAGCCCUCCACCUCUGGCCUUCAUACCAAGUGGAUGGCAGGAUGGUGGGAGCAGGGCUACACAUCCAGCGAGCCUGAUGACCCUCCAGAGAAGAGGCCUGUCGGCCCUACAGAGUGGAAGCCCUGCCCCGAGCCCUCCGCAGAGGUGAGUAAUGUUGGUUUUCACCAUCAUUUCAUUUUGCUGUUGGGAAGAACUGUUCUAUCCUGUCCCACAGUACUGUAUCAGUUUAGAGGGUGUAGCUGAACCAACCUGGAACUUACUUCUCCUCC